AGACGAGGAAGUCGAGAGUGACUCAAUUUUUUGAUGCGGAGAGAGAGAGAGAGAGAGAGAGAGAGAGAGAGAGAGAGAGAGAGAGAGAGAGAAUGGUGAGCGGUCGGUUGUUGAGGCAAAUCGAGCGUUGCCCGAUUCAUUUCCAUUCAUUUUCAUUGCAUGGGAUGGUCCCAUAUAUGUCCUUGUACCGUAGAAUUCAUUUUCAUUAAACACGGAAGAGUGCUUGGCGAGUUUUGUCUACUGGGAUAUCAUUGUAGUUGGCGAGCAAAGAAACUAAACUCUGGUGUCAGAUGUCUCUUCUGACUGAGUUGCGGAAAUUCAUGGCAGAUGGACUCGAGCGUUGCCCGAUUCAUUUCCAUUCAUUUUCAUUGCAUGGGUUUUCGAGGCGGAGGGUGUCCACUCUCCUCCGCGGUGCCGUCUUCUGUUUUCCUUCUUUUUCGUCUUUUUCUUCUCCUCCUACCCCAGUACACUCGUCGUACGUUGUUUCGUUCUUUUGUUAACUUCGUUAUGUUCUCUCUCUCUCUCUCUCUCUCUCUCUCUCUCUCUCUCGCUUUCCUGUUUUUAAUUGAGCUUUGUCUCUGUAGCUCCUGUUUAUCUGAUCCCAUCACACACGCCUUUCAUGGAAAAUCUGCCAUCCAUCCGACGGAUGCGACCCAUCACAAACGCCUUUCAUCGAAAAUCUGCCAUCCCACGGAUGCGAAGCUUCUCGCCCAAUUUUUCAUCCGUAUUUUUGCUUGUUGUUUGCAUCUCUUACAUGGUUCCAACUUGUUUGCACAGAGUGUGGAAAACUGCGAAGCGGCAGUUCUUUCUGGAUAUUGGAAGAAUCUCAUUGACAAGGAAGAACGUAAAUGCUGAACUCGCUGAUAAUGUAGAUGUCGAUGAAGGGAUUGCGUUUUUCAGUUCUUGAAGUCAAGAGGGUUUAUUUUUUGAGUGAUGUUCGGCAGGACCAGCACUCAUCUAUCGUCACUUGUCGGACGGAGAGGAAUGGUCUUACGUCGUGGCUCAAGAAGUGUUUCAAUUGAAGGUGUACUGACGGAAAAGCAUUGCAGUGGAGUAUGAUAUCUGAGAGCUUUUGUGGUAAUUUUUCAUAGACAUACCGAAGAAAGUUCGCCUCCCAAGUUGCACGUGUCUGCUUUACUGCUAUUAUUUAUAUAACUGUAGUACCAUUGUAGGCAGCUACCUUCUUCCCCCGAAUACAACGUACGGUCAUUAUAUCUGUAUCUAGACUGAAAGAUGCCCCAAAUACGGUUAUAAUGACCGUACGUUGUAUUCGGGGGAACUUGCGCAAGCUCGUUUCACUGCUAGAAGGAAGAUUCGUUUGUAACUAUAGUACAAUCGUAGGCACAGCUAUUGACAGGAGAAGACGGCAUGACUGCUCACUUGAGACGUUAUGGUAGCGCUAUAUAGGGCAUGGUAGUCAUCAAUCUACAGAAUGUUCAUGUUCUCAUGGCUCGUUAGGCUCACGACUCUUAAUUUCCUGUAUUUCUAGACAGCGCUAUAUGGCCGAGGCAAGGCACAUCUCGAUCGAUUUAUUGUUUUCUGGCAGAUAGAUAGCGGUAUAUGGCCGAGGCAAGGCACAGCUCGAUCGAUUUAUUGUUUUCUGACAGAUGCCAGUCGAGUGACAGAGAACACGGACUCGUCCUUUUCGUUUAACGGCGAUUAGAGUCAGAAAAGGGUUUUGAUCGUCUGUCUUGUGGUGGAGACCACGACCUUUCUUACUUGCGCGUGUUACAUCUGUGUCGUUCUUGCCCAAUACUCGUCACGCCAUGUCGAGCGCGUCUCAAUUUACCCAUUCGUUGAAAGGGUCUCUGCUCGGAGAUAUUGUCCAUGUUUGCGAUCGACCUGCUCCGCCGCGGCGUGCACUCAGUUAAGCACCGACUGCACUCAGUUAAACACCGACCGACUGUGAAAAGGUGAGGCGUGCUCUUCCUGCGUUGCAGUUUAAGCCGUGGUGGCGGGUGUGUAUGCGUCGUCAUGUUUUGGUCGUGCGAUUUCCCCUCCCAUUGUACGGUCAUGCGAUUACCUUCCCGUCGUAAUACUCUCUCUGUACGUCUAUAGAUCGCAGAGUGGGUGUGAAAAGGCAGCGUUGGACCAGGUCGCGCACUUUCAAGGAAUCGUGGAGUAGGUGACGCUGUAAGCCGAGCCGCGUGGGGCUAGCGUAGGGUCGACGGUGACAGGGAAAAUCACAUGGGGGCGAUGUCGAGGGUAUUGACUUAACCCUGAAAGGAACUACGUUUUCCUCGAAGGGGUAGCACACCGAUCGGCGAAGAUCCUGCGUCUAUUCAUGUAACAAUACAUAGUGGGAUGAUACGUUUGUAGGGGUAGAGCAUUGGCCGCUGGAUGGGGAAAUGUAUAGUACGAUGAGUUUUAGUACCUUGCCUUUGCCGUCCGUGCGAUUGGGAGAUGUAGAGUAUGGAGUGUAGUUGCUCGACUUAGUGUAUCUGCAGUCGCCGGGAUAGGGGAUGCUUGUUGUGGGGAUGCAAAACUGUCGCCGGGAUAGGGGAUGCCUCUUGUGGGGAUGCAAAACUUGAAAUGAGAAGAGAGGAUGACGCCCGAGGGAAAAAAAGUGGAGUGCUUAGCGGAAGCCUGAUGAUCUGAAAGUGGAGUGCUUCGGGACUCCAAGGCGAUUGAAUUGAAUUGUGCAAGUCGACUUUACUGAAGUGAAUUCGGAGAGGGUGAGAUUGGAACAGGGACGAAGAGGUGGCGGCAUGCGCGCGUGUUUUUUGUAAGAUGGAAUUUGGGUUAAGAUGUUGGUGAGCAGGGGGAGUAGUCUAAGAUGGAGGGACUCUAGUCGGUCUGUGUGUGACCUGAUACUCGAGUGUUAGGGGGGGAUGAUGAUGUAUGGGAGUCGCCGUCGUUGAUGUGGGUGUAUGGAGCUCGGGAGGGGAGACUCGUGGUCACACUUCCCAAGGGACGUUAAGACGGUCUGUUCAGAUCUGUUAUGGCGUCAUCUCAUGCUUUAUUACCGAUGAACCGACCAGAAGCGGACGGGAGGUCUGCAACGUGCUCUUCGAUUGAAUACGUUCGCUCGGUUCAGCGUGUUAAUCUGUUGUUCUGGCACGCUGAUUCCAUGGGAAAAUAUGCCAACGCGAUGUGUGGGUGUGGUUUCGAUCGCCCUCUCCUCAUCUACGAUUCAAUGAAAGGCGGAUGUGACAAUGGUCCAUGUGAAGAUAGGAGCACUCGUAGUUUAGGGUAGGUGUUGGGUCGUGGACAGGUAACGGCGGCUCUUGUGGC